ACGAAACGAAACGAAACGAAACCUCUCCUGUCCCUUUCUUCCAUUCCCCCCUCCAUCUUCCCCGGCGAGAAAGGAAGCCAGCUCGCCGCCGGCCAUGCCGACCGACCACCACCACCACCCGGAGGCGCCGGCGACGAAGACCCACGGCGGCGGGGGCGGCGGUGGGAAGGUGCACAAGCUGCUCAAGUCGGCGUUCAAGCGCGGGGUUGACCACCACCACGGCGGCGGCGGCGGCGGAGGCGGAGACCAUGAGGGGGACCUGCUCAGCCGGUCGGCGUCGGAGUCGUCUUCUACGUCGGCGGCGAGCAGCAGCCGGGCGGCGUCGUCGUCGUCGGGCAGGCGGGGUGGCGGCGGGAAGAGGGGAGACGACGCCUGCUCCUCCGUCGACGGCGAUUGCGGCGACCUCGACGGAUCGAAGAACGCCAAGGUGCUGGCGGCGCUGCGCGACGCGAAGAUCAGGUACGCGUAUGAGUCGUUCCCGUGGGAGAAGAAGAUGAAGGAGCUGCUGCCGGUGCCGGCGGCGAGCUGCUUCCUGUCGCUGCUGCUGCUGCCCAAGUCGGCCGACGGCUCGCACACCCGCUACAACUCGCUGGAGGACACCCUCGCCCGCGCCGACGCGUGGCUGGCGUCGGCGCAGGCCGCCGGCGUGCCGGUCGCCUUCAUGAACGUCCAGACGGAGGCGCUGCUCACCAAGAUCUCCGGCGAGAUGGCGCUGUCGACGGUGAACAUGGGGUCGCUGUCCGACCUGGCCAACAUGGCGAACGCGAGCCUGUACGGGUUCGAGGACUACCACGGCGUGGACAUCGGCGUGGUCCGCGCGGUGCGGCUGUGGUACACGCCGGCGGCCGGCGAGGCGGCGCUGGAGAUCAAGCUGCUGCCGGGGGACACGCGGCUGGGGUUCGCCAUCAGCCGCACCGAGGAAGGGUUCAUCUACGUGUCGUCGGUGGCGGAGGAGAGCACGCCGGGGGUGGCGUCGACGCGCUCCGGCCUCCUCGAGCUGCACCGCGCCGCGCGCAGGGCGUCGCGGCUGCUGGUGGUGUCCCGCGUCGGCGGCGAGAAGGUGCUCCCGUGGAUGGUGUCCACCGCCGGCGACGUCAAGUGCUUCGACACGGUGUCGCUCAGCCAGAAGCUGUCGCUGCACCGCCACGCGCUCCGCCCCAUCACGCUCCACUUCCUCAUGUGGGACAGCGCCCUCGCCGUCAAGGACGUCGCCAAGCCGCCGCCGCCGCCCAUGCUCAUGCUGCCCUCGCCGCCGUCGCCGACGCCGUCCGAGGCGGAAGGAGACGUGCCCGCGUACGGUGGCGACGGCGAGGAGGCCGCCGGCGGCGGCAAGGGUGGCAAGGACUCGUCCUUCAGGUUCCAGAACAUCGACCUCCUCCCGGACAGCUGGUUGUGAAAUUUAAUUUUAACAAGAAAAAAAAGGUGUGUUUUGCGCUUUGUGUAAUAGAGCACUACUGUGCUCUCGUAUCUUAAUA